AUGCCCGGCUCCAUUGCCAAUGUCGAGAGCAACUCCAUCAACGGGAGCGACAGUGAGGACGACUUCGACUGGGAAGAAGUCGAGGUAGGGCAGGCUGCCGCAGCCGAUGCCUCCCAACUCGAUGCUGCAACAGUCUCGAGCGUCCAUGACUACUAUGCGAGCAUACAUGGCCCGGAGGAGGGACCGUCCGAGAAGCCGCACUUGGAGAUCACCAUUAAGACUCAGGGGAAAGGCAAAGGGGAUUCCAAGAAGAAUGAGCGAGCACUCCAGCUCGCCGCAGAACGCGCCGUACGUCUUGAAUGCCACAAGCUACACACCGUGGCGCUCCUCGUGAGCGCGAGAGUUCGCAACCACUGGAUCAACGACCCGCUCCUCCACGCGCGUUUGAUGUCCCUCACUCCGAUGUCGCUGCAAAACGCCUUCACGAUGAUCACCAAGUCGCGCAUCCCCGAGCCUGCGAAGCGUGGCCAAGCUGCUGAGCCCACACCUAAACCGGACCCCAAGGGCAAAGGCAAAAGGCGCGCGACCGACGACGACGACGGCGUCGAUGACGAGGAGCGCUACGGGAUUGACGGCGAGAAGAUCAGGGGCGAGAAGAGCCUGAUGAAGCACGCGCUCAUGCAGAAGGGCUCGCGCGACACGAGCGCGCAGCUGUUCACCGCGCUCUGUCGUGCGCUCGGUAUCCCCGCGAGGUUGGUCGUCAGCUUGCAGAGCGUGCCUUGGCAAGCAGGCGUCGGCAAGCCAAAGCCCCCUGGGAAGAAAAAGAAGAGCGCGGUGGAAGCUGGCGCUAACGGCGGCUCCAAGAGCAAAGGCACGGGUAACGCGGCCGAUGCUCCGCCUGAAAGGGAAGGCGACGAAGACGACGAAAUGGAAGACGUCUCGAUUCCUGAGCCAGCUGGGUCAACAGGCCCAAGAGGACGAUCCCUCUUCCCUGGCGAAGGACAGCAACUGAACGGUGCUGCUCCAUCGCUCUCUUCCAAAGCUCAGGGGAAACAAAAAGCCGUUCCCAUCAUCCGGCUCCGCAAAAAUACUGCCGGGUUCAAGCUCGGCUCUUCCGUAGAUGCUGGGACGAGUCGUCCGCGGAGACGGGAGCACACUCCAGAUCCUACGACAUCAGCACCUGUGUUCUGGACAGAGGUAUUCUCCCGCGCAGAUGGUCGCUGGAUUCCUGUGGAUCCCAUCCGAGCGAUAGUCAACAGGCGCAAAGCGAUGGACCCGACCCCGAAUCCAAACAUCAAACAAGACAACCGCCGUGCCGAACGCGUUGAGAACCGCAUGGUGUACGUACUGGCGUUCGAAGAAGACGGCUAUGCCCGAGACGUAACCCCGCGAUACGCACGCGAGUACGGUGCGAAGGUGGCGAAGGUGCAGCAGGGCGGGAAGGGCCGCCGGGAGUGGUGGGAACGCAUAUGCGGCAUCGUGCGACGGCCGUUCCGACUGCAACGAGACGACGCCGAGGACGAAGAGCUCCAGGCGCAUCAGAUGACGGAGGCGAUGCCCACCACGGUGACCGGCUUCAAGGAUCACCCGCUCUACGUCCUCGAACGGCACCUGAAGCGAGAGGAGAUCGUCGAGCCGCCCACCGAGCUCGGCAAGUUCCGUGGGGAGUCCGUCUACCCCCGCGCGAACGUCCUGCAGCUGAAGACGGCGGAGAACUGGAUGCGGCAGGGGCGCACCGUCGUCAUCGGCGCGCAGCCGCUCAAGAUGGUCAAGCAGCGCGCAGUGACCGUGAACAGGAAGCGCGCGAUCGAGGCCGCGCUCGAGGAGCAGCGCGAGCGCAAGCCGUCGGGGUCCUCUGCAGCGCGCGCAGAGGUCGUCGAUGAGGACGGCACUCUCGCGGUCUCAAUAGACGGCGUCACCGACGUCGCGUCCCUCCCCGGUGACGGGUUUGGGAGCGAGGACGGCGUGAUGCAGGGUCUGUACGCCAAGCACCAGACCGAGCUGUACCGCCCGCCCCCGGUCGUUGAUGGCAAAGUGCCGAAGAACGACUUUGGCAAUCUCGAUCUGUACGUGCCGUCGAUGCUCCCGGCAGGCGCCGUACACCUGCCAUACAAAGGCACCGCGAAGAUUGCGCGGCAGCUCGGGUUCGACUACGCGGAGGCGGUUGUCGGGUUUGAGUUCAGAAAACGCCGCGCGUUCCCUGUCGUCACUGGCGUCGUUGUCGCAGCCGAGAACGAGUCUGCUCUUCUCGAGGCUUACUGGGAAACCGAGAAAGCGGCAGAGGCGAAGCGACGGGCAAAGAAGCAAGAGCAGAUCCUCAAGCGGUGGACGAAGCUCGUCCACGGGCUCCGCAUCCGGCAGCGCCUCAUCGAGCAGUACGCCGACCGCACGCCGACGUCGCCCGCCGCAGGCGGCGACGACAAGCGGAUCCGCCGUGGAAGGGCUCCGAAACCGCCGGCGGGCGGCUUCCUCGCCGGCGCGGACGGCAUCGUGCAGCCCUUCGCGCUCCCGCGGAAUCUCACCCAGGUCGUCGAGCACGCGCGCACGAGCCGCGCCGCGCUCGGGGAGCUCGCGCGGCCCGACGACGGCCGUUCGGAUGACGGCUUCGACGGCGACGACGACGUCUUCCAAGCCGUCGACGUCCCCCCGACCGACGCGGCCCCGAAGACGAUGCGGGAGCUCGCGGAGGAGGCGGCGCAGAGCCGUGCGGGCGUCCCCGAGGUCGUCGAGGAGGAGCUCGCGCUGGUCGGUGCUGCCCCCGUCCCGCCGGCGAGGAUUGGGCGAGGGUCCCGCGCGAAGGCCGCCGCCGCGGGCUCGGGGACGUCCGCUCCCCGGCCGGGCUCCAACUUGGCCCGGGGCACGACUGCAGCCGCGGCCCCACCGGCGGCGGCGGCGAAACCCAAACCCAAACCGAAAGCCAAGUCGACGCCUGCGAAGACGCGGGGCCGUAAACGCAAGCGCAGCGCGGCGGCCGACCGAAGAAGGUCGGGCGAGGGCUGGCAGGGCGGUGGCGGCGGCACCGGUACCGGCGUCGACGCGGGUGCUGAGGACGCGCAAGCCGAAGGAUGGGCGGCAGAGGAGGCGGAGGAGGCGUUCCGUCGUGCCGUCGCGGGCUAG